AUGACUUUCUCGCUCUGGGCAGUCAAUUCUUUGAACAGCUCAAACAGCAUUUUAAUUACAAUUCGAGCGCCCGCGCGGCGGCCGGGCGGCGGGGGCGGGUCGCGGCGGCCCUCAGGGCCCAAGACGACGCCCGCGCCGCCACCCGUCAUCGGCGGCGGCGACGACGAGCUGGCGGACGAGUGCCCCGAGCCCAACGGCUUCUUCGCCGACGGCUUCCAGUGCGACAAGUACUACGAGUGCCGCGACGGCGCCAUCACCGAGAAGCUCUGCCCCGACGGCAUGGUCUUCAACGACUACAGCCCCGACCAGGAGAAGUGCGACCUGCCCUUCAACAUCGACUGCUCCAAGCGAUCGGAGCUGCAGACCCCGCAGCCGUCGCUGCACUGCCCGCGCAAGAACGGCUACUUCUCCCACGAGCAGGCCAACAUCUGCGACAAGUUCUACUUCUGCGUGGACGGCAAGUUCAACAUGAUCACUUGCCCCGACGGCCUCGUGUACAACGAGAAGACCGGCAUCUGCACGUGGCCCGACGAGGCCAAGAAGAAGGGCUGCUCUUCCGAGGAGGUGCUGAAGUUCGAGUGCCCCAAGGUGUCCACUGACCAGGGCCAGCAGCACCCGCGCUACGCCGACCCCGAGGACUGCCAGUUCUUCUACGUGUGCAUCAACGGCGAGAUCCCGCGCCGCAGCGGCUGCAAGAUGGGGCAGGUCAAGGACUGGUACAAGGGCAUCCUGACGGACGAGCAGCUGGCGGCGCUGGAGAACCCCAAGCCCAAGCCCAAGUCGGAGGCCGCGCACCGAGCGCGCAACGGGGGCCGCUCCCGCGCAGGCGCCGGCGCGCGCCCCGCCCCCGCCGUCGAGGACGACAUCGAGGAGUAGGCGCCCACCCCCCUCUCCCACCUCCCUUCCCCUCCCCUCCCCGUCUCCUCUCACCCGCAGCGGCACCAGCGACCCACAGGCGCCCGGAGGGACACGGCGCCCGAGGACGGAACUACUGUGCCACGACUCCAGACGCUCUCCUAGCCCUCUCGGUUUUUGGUUCUCCUUUCGAUUUCUGGAUUGAACUAGAAGAAGCAAUGAAUUACAUUUCUUGAUUUCUUUGCUCUAUAUCGGCACUAAAUAAACACUUAUUUAGCGUUUUCUGAUCUGUUGCUUUGCUACCUUUUGCUAACGGGUAUUAUUUCUCUUCUCUAUUCGCCUUCUUAUUUUUCCCCAUCUGUUUCUUUUGAAAACCAUCUUCUAUUGCUACUACUUAAUUGGCAUUCUUAAAUGAUUCAUUUUACCUUUCUUUUUUUACGUCUCUCUGUUUUUUACUCCCCUUUUUUCUGGGUGAUCUUUCAAUAUGUUUCCUGCAAUAAAUGUAUAAUUUCUAACCUUUAAUUUUCUUCCUACAAUUUUUAAUAAAAGUAUCUUUAUGUUUUUUCAGUCUUUAUUUACUAUUACGUACGUUGUCCUGAACGAGCCCUUACCUUGUAUUUCUGGACUUUUAAAUUUAUUAUUUUUCUUUAUGUUCUUUCUUCGUCGACUUACUCAAUUUUUGUCUCCUACAUGUCUUUAAUAGUCUUUCGUCUUUCGUAUCCUUCUUCAAUUUUUCAUCAUUCUAUUUUUGUCAACUCUUCUAUUCUAAUCUUUCUUUUCUAAUGUAAACAAAUAUUACAACACUCUAAAUUAUUAAAAAAUUAAUAAUGAAAAAGUUAAAAUUGUCUCUAUAAUACAUCUGCAGAUGAAAAUAUUUUGAAAGAUCAUUCUUGAAAUGCCUAUAUAAAUAUUAACCGGGAUAAUGGUUUCUGAUUUGUAUUGUGUGAAUAACAUCCCAGACAGCUUGUUAUUAAUUUUCGCAUUUUUAGUGGUAUCUCUUAGUAUUCUUCUUUUCUGCCCAGAACUAUCGGUGUUUUUUUAGUCAUCUGGAUUGCGUUCAAUUUAAUAUAAACAAUGUAAUGAUAUUCAAGUCCUCGGAAGUCCAGCCCAUCGGAGCGCCAGAGAAGUGCUGUAGUUCCAUUCACCGUAAUGCUUACAAAUAACUUUUGAGAGUCGUAAUUAAAUAAUUAUUUUUCUAAAACUGGACAUAAAACGACUUUUUGUAGUUUUAUUUAUGUUAAUUCUUGUGUUGUGGGAUUAGGUAAAGACUGAUUUAUUCCAACUUGUUAAAGUCAAAAUUGUGUGUAGCUUGUUUUCUAGGAACCUACCGCCAUUUUAACCAGCGGGUCAACGAACGUGACCUACGCAAAUGGGUGAUCUGUUCGUUACCCACCUUGCUCACCUCGCAUUCCAUUCCUAUCUGGGGUUGCCUUCCUGCGCGUAUUUAGAAUUCUUUCCCUUUCCUUUCUCGUGCAGCCACGACUCUUCAUUGGAUGUCGGAACGCUUUUAUAUGGAGAUGAGUGUUAUCUUAUUCUUCUCUUAGAUAUAACCUUCUCACACAAAUAGGCGGGAAAUGUUUCAGAUGAAUCUAAAGUUUUUAGAUCAUCAAGAAGAUUUGUAGCAGUCUAAGCAAAACGAUAGUGUUGGGCUUUUAAGAAAUGCCUCUUACGUACGUGUUUUGGACUUUGGUAGAGCUUACCGGAGUUUUAUUUCAUUGUUCCUAUUCUGGCGGACUGGAACUACAGCCUUCGUUUACAGUUCUGUACGUGUGUAAUGUUUUGUUUGAAUUCUGUCAGGGAACUGUGAAAUAUCAAUUGAAGACUGUGUCAUAUUGACAUUGAUCUUAAAUCAAUUUAUGUGUAGAAUUUAAGCAAAACCCUGAUAUUAUUCUAGUGCCACAUGAUAUUGAAAUUUGUCUAGAUUAUUGUGAAUAUAAUAAUUUGUAAAAAUAUACGAUAAUAAUUUGCAGCAAUUUCACUGUUAGAAUAAGAACCAACUUACGAUAUUUAUGUUACUUGAUAGUAUACCUACAAUUUCUCUCAAUAAAUAUAAAUA